CGCCCAGUAGAGGCUAUAAAAAUCUGCGUUUUUCUACUCUCGUCUGUCCUUUUUAACUGUAUAGAUACAGACCUUUUGCCAUGUCUGGGCGUGGUAAGCAGGGAGGCAAAGCUCGCGCCAAGGCCAAGACCCGCUCUUCUCGGGCCGGGCUUCAGUUUCCCGUGGGCCGAGUGCACCGCCUGCUCCGCAAAGGCAACUAUGCCGAGCGGGUCGGGGCUGGGGCGCCGGUGUACCUGGCGGCGGUGCUGGAGUACCUGACCGCCGAGAUCCUGGAGCUGGCUGGCAACGCGGCCCGCGACAACAAGAAGACUCGCAUCAUCCCGCGUCACCUCCAGCUGGCUAUCCGCAACGACGAGGAGCUCAACAAACUGCUGGGCAAAGUCACCAUCGCACAGGGUGGUGUUCUGCCCA